AUGGAUGAUCCCGAAGAUCUCUCUGAGAUUUUUGCUUAAGUGCAAGGUGUGGAUAAAAGAAUAUACUCUUUGAUAAUUUAGAUGCAAGAAAAAUAGAAUACUAGAGAUUGGAUGGGAUUUCUUUCAGAUUAUGAAAAUCUAAGACAUCUAGAAGAGUAGAUUUCACAAAAAGAGGAUUCAACAUAAGAAGAAAAAGAAUAAAGGAUGGAUGUUAUGAGAAAUAACAUCAAACUAAUUCUUAAUGUCAUUGUAAAAAUUAAAGAUCAUGAUUUUAAUAAAUAAGACUAUUCUGAUUAACGAUAUUUUGCACAGAGACAGGAUCUAAUAAAAAGAAUAAGAGAAUAAAAUGAGAUCAUCGGAUUUGUAAAAUUCUUAGUUAACCUCACAGCCUAUGAUGAAAAUUUAAUACAAUGUGGAUCAAACUCACUAAAUUUAUUAGUUAAUAUGAAAGUGGACAUUAGAAAUUAAAAUUUUGAAAACAUCAGAAUUAAGAAUACUUCUUUAUUCGGAGCUAAUUUUUUUAGGUGCAACUUAAGCGGGUCAUAACUAGAUAAUGUAGACAUAAAUGGAAUGAAUUUAAAUGGAGCUUUAUUACUUAAUUGUAGAUGGACCAACGUUAAAAAAUAGGGUGAAAUAAAUAAAUUAGAUGGCCAUACUGACAGUGUGAAAUCAGUAUGCUUCUCUCCUGAUGGAAAUAUAUUAGCAUCUGGUAGUGAGGAUGACUCUAUCUGUUUAUGGGAUGUUAAGAAAGGACAAUAAAAGAUUAAAUUUGAUGGCCAUAGUAGUUUAGUUCAUUCAGUAUGUUUCUCUCCAGAUGGCACUUUAUUAGCAUCUGGUAGUUAUGAAAUAAUUGGUUUAUGGGACGUUAAGAAAGGAUAAUAAACGAAAAUAUUGAAAGGUCAUGGUGAUAGGGUUUAAUCAGUAUGCUUCUCUCCUGAUGGUACUAAAUUAGCAUCUGGCAGUAAGGAUACGUCUAUCCAAUUAUGGGAUGUUAAGACAGGAUAAUAAAAAAAAAUAUUGAAUGGUCAUAGGAAAACAGUCUAGUCAGUUUGCUUCUCCCCUGAUGGAAUUAUAUUAGCAUCUGGUAGUGAGGAUAACUCUAUCCGUUUAUGGGAUGUUAUGACAGGAUAAUAAAAGGCCAAAUUGGAUGCUCAUAAGAAUUCUGUCAAAUCAGUAUGCUUUUCCCCUGAUGGAAUUACAUUAGCAUCUGGUGGUUGGGAUAAGUUUAUCCGUUUAUGGGAUGUUAAGACAAGGAAGAAAAAAGUCUAGUUGAAUGUAGAUAGUUAGUAUGUCUAGUCAGUUUGUUUUUCUCCAGAUGGUACUACAUUAGCAUCUGGCAGUUAUGAUAAAUAUAUCCGAUUAUGGGAUGUUAAGACAGGAUUUUAAAAGACCAUAUUGGAUGGUCAUACUCAGUCAGUUUUAUCAGUUUGCUUCUCUCCUGAUGGUAGUGCAUUAGCAUCUGGUAGUUGUGAUAGGUCUAUACGUUUAUGGGAUGUUUAGACAGGAUUUUAAAAGACCGAAUUGGAUGGUCAUAAUGCACCAGUCUGGUUAGCAUGUUUCUCUCCUGAUGGUACUAUAUUAGCAUCUGGCAGUAAUGAUAAGUCUAUUCGAUUAUGGGAUGUUAAGACAGGAUAAUAAAAGGCCAAAUUGGAUGGUCAUACUCAUUCAGUUUUAUCAGUAUGCUUUUCUCCUGAUGGUUGUUCAUUAGCAUCUGGUAGUUUGGAUAACUCAAUCCGUUUUUGGGAUGUUAAGACAGGAUAAUAAAAGUUUUAAUUGUAUGGUCAUAGUAGUUAAGUCACCUCAGUAUUCUUUUCCCCUGAUGGAACUAUAUUAGCAUCUGGUAGUUGGGAUAAUUCUAUCCGAUUAUGGGAUGUUAUGACAGGAUAAUAAAAGUUUUAAUUGUAUGGUCAUAGUAGUUAUGUCACCUCAGUAUUCUUUUCCCCUGAUGGAACUAUAUUAGCAUCUGGCAGUUAUGAUAAGUCUAUCAGAUUAUGGAAUGUUAAGACUGGAUAAGAAAAGGCCAAAUUUUAUGGCCAUAGUAAUGUUUAUUCGGUAUGCUUCUCUCCUGAUAGUACUACAUUAGCAUGUGGUAGUGAGGAUAACUCAAUCCGUUUAUGGGAUGUUAAGACAGGAUAAUUAAUGUCCUAAUUGGAUGGUCAUAGAUAUUCAGUUUAUUCAGUAUGCUUCUCUCCUGAUGGUACUACAUUAGCAUCAGGUAGUAUGGAUAGCUCUAUCAGAUUAUGGGAUGUUACAACAGGAUAUUAAAAGUCUUAAUUUGAUGGCUAUACUUAUUAAGUUUUACCAGUAUGCUUCUCUUCUGAUUAUACUACAUUAGCAUUUGAUAGUGGAGAUAAGUCCACCUGUUUAUGGGAUGUGAGGAUAGGAUAAUAAAAGACCCAAUUGGAUGGUCAUAGUAUUUUAGUCAACUCAGUAUGCUUCUCUCCUGAUGGUACUAUAUUAGCAUCUAGUAGACCUGAUAAGUCUAUCCGUUUAUGGAAUGUUCAGACAGGAUUAUAAGUGACCAAACUUGAUGGUCAUAGUGCAACAGUAUGGUCAUUAUGCUUCUCUCCUAAUGGAAAUAUAUUAGCAUCUGGUAGUACUGAUAAGUCUAUUCGUUUAUGGGAUGUUAAAACAGGGUAAUAGUAGGCCAAACUAGAUGGUCAUAGUGGCUAUGUCUAUUCAGUAUGCUUUUCUCCUGAUGGCACUACAUUAGCAUCUGGUAGUGAGGAUAACUCAAUCCGUUUUUGGAAUGUUAAGACCGGAUAAUAAAAGGCCAAAUUAGAUGGCCAUAGUAGUUAUGUUUAUUCGGUAUGCUUUUCCCCUGAUGGUACUACAUUAGCAUCUGGUAGUUGGGAUAAGUCUAUCCGAUUAUGGAAUGUUAAGACAGGAUUAUAAAAGAUUAAAUUGGAUGGUCAUAGUAGUUAAGUCAACUCAGUGUGCUUCUCUCCUGAUGGUACUAUUUUAGCAUCUGGUAGAGCUGAUAAAUCUAUCCGUCUAUGGGAUGUUAAGACAGGAUAAUAAAAGAACAAAUUGGAUGGUCAUAGGAAUUCAGUCAUCUCAGUAUACUUCUCUCCUGACGGUACUACAUUAGCAUCUGGUAGUAGCGAUAACUCUAUUCGUAUAUGGGAUGUUAAGACAGGAUAAUAAAAGAUCAAAUUGGAUGUUCAUAAGAAUUCUGUCAACUCAGUAUGCUUCUCUCCUGAUGGUACUACAUUAGCAUCUGGUAGUAGCGAUAACUCUAUUCGUUUAUGGAAUGUUAAGACAGGAUUAUAAAAGACCAAAUUUGAUGGACAUAGUAGUUUCGUUCUAUCAAUAUGCUUCUCUCCUAAUGGUACUACAUUAGCAUAGAGUAAUAGUGAUAACUCUAUCCGUUUUUGGGAAGGAAAGACAGGAUAAGAAAUUCAAUCCUAAGAUAAAAAUUAUAAAGAUAUUUUAAAUUAUUCUAAGACCCUACUUAUCGAAAACAGUCCUCUUCCAGGUAUUAUUUCAAACAUUUUUUUAGGCACUACCUAUUUAAAUAUUUUAUUAAUUUCUUAAUAAUCUAUUUUUUAAGCAUAGGAUGCUUUAGUUUUAAAAAGUGAAUUUGUAAAUAAAUUAGGUAUCAACUUAUAGACACUAUUUAAACAAAAAGGUAGCUGUAUUUUUGAAAGCCAGUUAGACUCAAAAUUAAAAUGA